UUGUCUAACUUUAUAAUGAAAGUAAUCAUCUAUAUAAUAUUAUCUUUUUUUAUACAGAAAGCUGUUAUUAAAUGGUUUACGUUUUACUUUGAUUUCAGUUUUUUGCACCAUGCUCCUGAUGCGAAUACAUUUAUUGGAUUAGCUAUUGCCAUUCGAACCAUAGAUGCCUUAGGAGCGUCAGCUUUCCUUACUGCUUCAUACACAACUAUUGGCAGCGAGCUACCAGAAAUUAUUGGAAGAGCUAUGUCACUGACUGAAACAGCUUUCGCCUUUGGCCUUGCUGGUGGUCCAGUUCUUGGAGGAGUUCUAUAUGAGGCAGGAGGCUUUCUCCUUCCUUUCAUGGUUGUAGGAGCAUUACUUCUGUCUGGAACAGCAGUAAACAUGUUCUUAUUUGCUGAGAAUGGUGCUGAAAUUCCUACUCAGUCACGCAGCUUGAGAAAGUUAAUAACAAAUAUCGACUUCUGCAUUGACAUCGUUGCAGUUUCCACAUGUUUUGCUAUUAUUGGUUUUAAUGAGGCAACACUAGAACCUCAUAUCCGGCAGUUCAAUCUGACACCUACAAUAAUAGGAACAAUAUUUCUGAUUGCUGGUAUAGUUGAUGCAUUAUCCUCACCUUUGGUCGGAUACUGCGCAGAAAAACUGAAAAAUGCACAGUAUUUGACACUUGUCGGUUGUGUGAUGUUUACAGUUUGCUUCAUUGUGGUAGGACCAGUGCCUUUCUUGACAUUUCCAACAUAUCUAUCAGUCGUAAUAGUGGCGCAGUUCCUAUUGGGUUUAGGAAUGGCAAUGAAGAUAGUCUGCAGCUUUACACAUGGCAUGAAGCAUACAGUAGAAAGAGGUUUUCCAGAUGAUGUUGGUACCUACGGUAUAAUCUCUGGAGUACUUUUCUCAGCUUCAUGUUUUGGAGCAUUUAUUGGACCUUCUGUAGGAGGAAUUUUAGUAGAUAAUUUUGGAUAUAAGAGUUCAACUUACUUUGUGGUUGCAAUGGAGCUUGUUAUGGCUUCAGGCUGUGCUGUACGGUUAUGUGUACUUCGUUUUAGAAGGAAAGAAAUACAAUCUGAACAAGAAAAAGUUGAAGAUAAAUUAUAAAUAAAUUUCAAAAACAUUUCUUUCAAAAUUGAACUGUAUUUAUAUAUAUAUACAUAAUUCCAUGUCUAUAUAUAUGUGUGUAUAUUUAAUAUUUUAUAUAAGUAAAAAAUUUUAUUAGCUUUUGCAAUUUUAGAGAAUAAUUCCUAUUUAUUCAUUUACACCAUUCACAUAAAUAUAGCCUAAAAACUCUCAGAACAGAGAAUUUUCUUGAAAGUUCCAGUAUGAUUUUUAUAUAACCAACCAAAAUUAUAGACCGGUUAGAAAAUUGCGGAAUAAUACCAUUGCCAUGUAAAUGAGCUAAUUUUAACUGUUUAUAUUAAAUGCUAUAGUAUUAAGUGUUAAGAAUUUAUUAAUGAUAAUUGCAGAAUGCUAUUUUUGUGUUCUUCAAUAAUUUAAUUAACUGUUAGAAGAAAGAUGAGA